UAUUUUUUUUAAAAAUACAUUUCCUCGUAAUGUAAAACAAACGAAAAACGAUUUGAUUUCGUACGAAAGACGAUGAGAAGUAUAGAGACAUUGAAUUUUUGGGUUUGUGAAGCAUUGCAGUUACUGAGGGUUAACAACAUUGUAACGUACAAAUAGUCCUAAAUGUUACAUAGCUCCGGCAACUAUUUUAUUGUGGGUGAGCAGGAUGGUGAGUUGCCUCUGGCAAAGUUUAUAUGGGAAGAAGUAGGUCAAAAUCUCCUCCAAUUGGCACAAGAAGGCGAGAUCGAGACAGGGAUAGAGACAGGGAUCGGGACCGGGACAAAGAUAAGGAGAGGCACAGAAGGAAACGAUCCAGAGAUAGAUCGCGCGACCGGGAAAGAAAACGACAUUCAGCGGAUCGGGAUGAUCACAGGCGUUAUUCCCGUUCUAGAUCCAGAUCUAGAUCUCCGAUAGAUAGAAGACGAAAAAAUAUUCAAGAAAGACCCCCAGUCACAGCAGCAGAUUUAGAAGGUAAAUCUGUAGAAGAACAAGAAAUGUUGAAACUAAUGGGUUUUUGUAAUUUCGACACCACAAAAGGCAAAAAAGUUAAUGGAAAUAAUACUGGUACAGUUCAUGUAAUAUUAAAAAGAAAAUAUAGGCAGUACAUGAACAGGAAAGGUGGAUUCAACAGACCUUUGGAUUUUGUAGCAUAAUUUGCCACUAAUUACGUGUAAUAUGAACAACUAUUACCUCAAUGGAAUAACCUCACUUUAAUAAUUAACAUGGGUAAAGAAAGCAUGGAUACUUUUAAAUAUGUGUUGAAGUUUUUAUUUAAGAAUUAUAGUUAAUAAGUUUUUAUUAUUAAAAUAUAAAAGUAAGUACUUUUU